AUGACAGCGAAUAUUGUUCUGGUGCUAUUAGGAGGGCUUGUUUUGAAUUACAUUAGAUCAAUAGUGCUUCCACCAUGGGGCUUCCCGAGAAAUAUUCCUACAAUUCCGUUCUAUGUCACCUUCUUGACCACUCUAUUCGACAUAGAUCAGAAAGAAUUAUUUGAACUUUACAUCAGAAAACCAAUGGAGAAAUAUGGAGCUGUAAAGAUAUAUUUCGGUAACCGAUGGAAUAUUUUGGUGUCCAAGCCAGAAUUUUUGGCCCAAAUGUUCAAAGAUGAGGACACAUUUGCAAAAAGUGGGAAUCAUAUCAAAAUACCAUAUUCCAUCCUUGCUUUAUACACAGGAGAUAACGUUAUUAGUUCACAUGGACUUGCUUGGAAAAAGUUUCGCGGAGCAUUGACCCAAGGGUUGCAGUUUUUCGAUCCAUCACCGCUAUCCGCCAAUGCGGAGAAGUUCAUCGGUUUCAUAGAGCGCGACAUGAAGAAAAAUAAUGGCGAGGUCCUCAUGCCAGCGCUGAUUCAAAGAUUAGCUUUAGCAAACAUUGCUCAAAUAGCACUGGGAUUUGAUAUCGGUACUCUGGACCCUGAACGCCCUUCGAAGCUACAACAACAGCUAGAGGAAGUAAAGAAACAUAUAUUCCAUCCACUGUAUAUGAAUUUCUCCUUUCUUGACAGGCUACCAAUACCUUCUCGUAUAAGAGCUAGACAGCAAGUCGAAAGGUUCCGCAGCGAUCUAUUACAGGAGGUCAGGAGAAAUCUAAUAAUAAACUACAAGUACGAACAAACUUCGUAUGCUGCUUCCGACUUGAUCAGAGUCUAUGAACAUGGCGAAAUCACAGAAAAACAAUUGACAGAUAAUAUAGUUAUCCUCAUGGUAGCAGGACAUGAAAAUCCACAGCUAUUACUAACAACCUGUUUGUACAUGCUAGCGAAAUACCCAGAGUGGCAAGCUAGAUUACGUCAGCAGGCGGUGACGCUCCAGGACGAUUUGCUCAAUGACUCCGUGGAAUUUAACCAGUUUUUAUUCGAAACCGUAAGAGUGCUACCUCCACUAGGGCAAAUCAUUAACCGGAAGACAAGCCACAAGUGCAAAUUGGGCCCUGAAAUCGUACUUCCAAAAGAUACCUACGUGGGUUACCAGGUCUAUGGGACUGGUACAUCUACGCAAGUCUGGGGGCCUGACGCCGCCGAGUUUAAGCCAGAAAGAUGGGGCUCCACGAAUGCCACUGUACAUGAAACCUGGAGGCGCAGUAAAAACACUGGCGCUAUGGGGGCUUUCCACGGUGGUCGGCGGGCAUGCCUGGGCGAGAAGAUGGGCUUGAUGGAGACGAGAGUGGCCCUCGCGCAUAUGCUACGCAAACUGGAGUGGACACUCAGCCCCAACUGGAAAGAUAGAGUGACGCCAGCAGGCCCUCUGUGUCCUUUCAUGCUAAAGCUGCAAUUCACUCGCAUUCAGGAGCCGCUGGCGGCAGAGCUUACUGCAUAA